AUGACGGCAAUCUCCGAGCCUCUUGCGUCGUCCCGGCACGUUGUCGUUCUCGCAUUGGAUGGUUACACGAAACGUGAAAUGGACCGAAUGCAAAAGUCCAUCCAAGCGCACCUACUGGGCGCGCCAACUUCAUCCGACUUUACUUCAAAUGGAUUAGCCAAGGUCGGGGACGUCAGAUAA